AUGUCUGUCAAACCAGCGAGGACUUGGAAGAGCGAUAAGAAGGAGACAUACCAAGCAUUAGCCAGAGGUGACAAACCAUCCGACGACUACAACUCACGCAAAUGGAAGGAUAGGGAGACAUAUCCACCACCACCAUGCAAAGAUGAAGAAUUUCAUGCCAUCCUUGACACGAUGAUUGCUGACGGAGCAAUCAGGCCUCUUAGACCCUACAAAAUUCAUACUAGAGAGGAGAAGAAUGAUCCUAGGAAGCAAACAAUAGAUGAAGACCCCUUGCCAAAACGAAGGGGAAAAGAGGUAGCUGCUGUCAUUACAUGUUCUGAUGAUUUGCUUGAUGAUGACGAAUUGUGCCACCCAUGGAGGAAUGACCUAAAGCCGUUGGAAGCUAUGUGGGAACCUUGCGGAAACAUGGAGAAGGCAUAUUGGUGUAAAUAUUUGAAGCAUGCAAGCUACAACAUGCCAUGCCCGCUCGCUGAUGGAUGGGGUGACGACUCAAGCAAUGAAGUUUUCGUCCUGGACAUGCCGGAAGAAUGCUACUCGGGGGCUUCAUUGGGAUAA